UUUUUUCCAGAGCAGCCUGUAUUUCUCCUGAGGUUGCCUGUGGAUUUUUUCUUUGUAUCCCUAACAAUUCUUCUGGCAGUUGUGGCUGCACUUUUUCUUGGUCUACCUGACCUUGGCUCGAAAUCCAAGAUGGAUGCCAGCACAUGGAGUAACAUAACCUCUGGGAAAAGGUAGGACCUUGACACAUAGUCAAGGCUUUAGAUAUCUUUUUAUAUUCUUUUCCAUCUUUAUAAAAUUCCAUUACCUUGUUAUGCAGAUCUUUUGGAAGUUCUUUUCUGCUCCCCAU